GAUAACAACGACACUCUCUGUUUCUCAUGGCUACAGAUCAAGAAAACCUACUCUCAGAUGAUUACCAAGAAACGGCGGCGUUUUGCGGGUGUAGGUAUCUCUGUAACUUCUGGUGGAGAAGAAGAGGAGACGGUGGCUGGAGCGGUAAUCUGCGGGAAGAAAAAGGAGAAAGUUGGUGGAGCAGGAAACUUAAGGGGCCAAAAGAGAUUUCUGAGAAAAUUGCGGGGCCAAAGUGGAAAAACUUUAUAAGAAGUUUUAGCAAUGGGAGGAAGAAGAUGAAGAGGGAUGUGGACUUCACGUACGAUCUCAAAAACUAUAGUCUUAAUUUUGACGACGGAGGCGGCGAAGAUUCUUCACCUGAGAGGUUUAUAGCUGCUCCAGCUGUUAUAAAAGUUUGAUAUUUUUUGUAUUAUUUUUUUAAUUGAUCGUGUUUGUUAUAAAUGUUAAUACCAAACAUAUACAAAGAGGUUAUAAAAUAAUUUAGGCGUUACUUCUUGUUCAAUCGCCACUCCAAGUUAGAUUAUGUCUACUAUUUUCUACUUGUAACCCUUUUCGCACCAAACAAAGCUUUUCUUACA